AUGCCACCCCAAACCCACUUAAUAGAGUCUCCCUACAAGGUGGACAUCCCGGUCAGCGAUAUACCAUCGUGGGUCUUUUCGUCCGGUUCAGAGGAGACACGGCGAGAGCCUCAAUAUUUUGACGCAGACAACCCUGCACGGUACUUUAGCCUGAGUGAAGCCGAGCUCUAUGUCAAGCAGGUGGCCCUUGGUCUACAGAGGCUUGGGUUGCAAGCAAACGAUAAAGUUCUCCUGUUUUCUCCCAACAAGCUUUAUUUCCCUGUCCUGCUGUGGGGGACCAUUGCAGCGCGGUGCGUGUUUACAGCGGUUUCGCCUUCAGCACAGGAGGCAGAGCUCUCGUACCAACUGGCUGACUCCGGUGCUAAGCUUAUUAUCGCACACCCUGACACAGCCGCACUCGCCGUGCAUACUGCCAGCAAACUGGGCUUACCUGUGACGUCGGUCCUCCUUUUCACGGACCCUGGUGAUCAGCCGACGGGUGUUCCCCCGGGACUCAGGAAUUGGACAGAUAUAUGGGCCCCGCCAGAAGAGGCUCGCGUUUGGAAAUGGGAACCUAUUCGAACGAUCGAAGAAGCGCAAAAUACAGCUGCUAUCAUAAACUACUCUAGCGGCACAACCGGAACACCAAAAGGGGUGGAGCUCUCCCACUAUAACGUCAUUGCUAAUUCCGUCCAAAUUGUGCAUAAACGGACUCUAGUUGCCAAUACCCCCCAGGGUCGCGCAAGGAGACAUCGCUUGAACCUAUCUGGAGAGCGAUGGAUUGCUCCACUGCCUAUGUAUCACGCAUUUGGCCAAAUUUGGUAUUGCAUGAACGCGGUUCAGCUCCGCGCCAAGGUAUUUGUGAUGAGCAAGUUCGACGUCAAGGCAUACCUCCGUUACCUUGACAUCUACAGAAUCACCUUUGUGACAACCGUGCCAGUGAUCAUGGCCAUGAUGGUGAAGUACCCGCACCCUAACAGCGUCAACCUCAAGGCUAUAGAGAAUGUCGUUUCGGGCUCUGCGCCGCUUAGUCCCGAAAUGGGGAAAAGGUUCAAGGAAUUGUACUUGCACGAGGAAGCAACUGUCAAACAAGGCAUGGGACUUACUGAAACAACGUGCUCACUAUUCCAAUUUGCACCUGAUGAUAUUGAUGAUGGGCGGUCAAUUGGAUGGCUCAAUGCCAACUGUAAGGCUAAGAUCGUUCCUGUGGCUGGUGAAGAUUAUGAGAGUACAGGGCCUCCGGGUGUUGUUGUUGGCGAGAUCUGGGUUUCCGGGCCAAAUGUUAUGAUGGGGUACUAUCGCAAACCCAAGGAAACGGCCGCUACAAUUGUUCAUGAAGCUGGGGAGCGCUGGUUGAAGACUGGUGAUAUUGGUUACGCCGAUGACAGCGGUAGAUUCUACGUGGUAGACAGGAUGAAGGAAUUACUUAAAGUGAGGGGACUACAGGUCUCACCAGCUGAGCUUGAACUUGCCCUCCUGCAACAUCAUGAUAUCAGCGACGCAGCGGUCGUUGGUGCGAAGAUCAAUGGUGGCGAAUACCCUCGAGCCUUCGUAGUUAGAAAGCAGGGAGUGGUGACGGCUGCAGAAGUCGAAGAGCUGAUCCGCUCAAGGUUUGCAAGACACAAAUGGCUUACAGCGGGCGUUUAUUUCAUUGAUAGGAUCCCUCGUACUGCUAGUGGCAAGGUGAUGCGACGUCUGUUGCCCAAGAUUGAAGUGAACCCGUCCUCCAAGCUCUAA